ACUAUGUAACAGAGGGAGUUACAUACAAAUUAAGCUCACAAGUACUAUUCCGUUCAGCUGUCCUCUGUCUUUAAAUGAAGAAAUGCGAGAAGCCUUUUGUACGUAUUACUUCUUUGUGUGGACGCCAUCAGAAGAAAGCUGCAGGAAUGGUAUGGCUAGUAAUGGGAUAGCCCUGACAAACCAGCCCUGUGGGGUGAAGUUUAACUUUAGGGACUGGGGCAACAGAAGUGUUUAUAUCAAUGUGACGGGUUAUGUAGAUAGAAUGAUUAACUAUAACGACAGGACAACGUAUCUACACAUAGCGUCAACAAGGAACCCAAUGGAUCCACUGGGAAUCUGGGACAAUUUCAGUAUUGGAGGAAUUAAAGUUAAAGUGGGCGACCGCGACAAUUUGGUCAUGGGGAGUCAAUGUAUAUCAUCCAAUGACCCACAUAUGACGACAUUCGAUGGAUAUCGUUGGGAAAACCAGAGAACUGGGACAUUUGUUUUAUAUCAGCACAGAACAUUACCAUAUACGGUCCAUGUUAUUUAUUCUGAAUGUGUCCCAAGGCGUGCCACCUGUAACUGUGGAGUAGCAGUCAGAAAUGGGUUUAGCUACUACAUCGUCAGGACUUGUGAAAUAGUUUCGUUAUAUAAUACCAAAAUACUCUCAAUUCCGUGUGAAAAAGAUCAACUUUGCAAAGCUGCUGAUCUCCAAAUUGUGAAAUCUGGAGAGCAUUACACAGUAACCUUCCCAUCUGGAACACAAGUCUCGUUCUCCAUCUCGUCUUGGAAUAACUUUAUCGGGAGUGUGAGGAUCCGGGCUUCUGUGUCAGACAUUGAGUCUUCCCUAGGUUUGUGUGGAUUAACUAAUGGCGAUACAUCUGAUGACUUCAUCCCAAAAGGCGGCAGCAGUCCCACUGACUCCACCACAUUUGCAAUGUCAUGGAGAAUUUCAAUGGAUUCUGGUGUUAGCCUAUUUUCGAAGCUCUCGUCAUAUUAUCAGGACACAUCAUGGAUAUAUAAUGGUGGCGUUCAACCAGAAGCUGAUGAUACUUACUGCACAUGCGCACAGAGAGGGCCAAUUGAUACAUAUCAGUUUUCCUUACCAAACGCAGUUCAUUGUAAUAUGACGUCGCCCAGUCAGUUGUGCGAGGGAGGUAACGCAGAGCUGACGUUGAAUUCAUGUUCCAAUGCAGAUAAUCGCAAAAGAAGGUCAACAGAAGAUACAGAUGAUGUGGAUAUAGAGAGUGAAUUAACAUAUGAUAAGAAAUACAACGAAUCAGCUGAUAUUGAGGUACAAAUAUUUGUACAACAAAAAUUAUGA